CAGCUUUAGAGGAAUAAAUGAUGGAGAAUUUAUUGGGAAAUCGUCGACAUCAACUGGGCGCUUCACUUUUUACUUUACGAUUCUGUGGUCUUUGGAGCUCUUUCGAUGAUUCUCAACCCAUCAGAAAAUUCAUCUACCCAAUCUACAGCGCAAUAAUGACAUCUCUGAUUUGGAUCUUCCUGGGAACGAUAUUGGGAGAUUUAUUCUCGAAUUUUGAAGAUUUGCUGGUAAUCACAGACGACGGCUGUUUUCUGGCCGGGAUAUCUGUCAUUGUCUUCAAGCACAUGAUAUUUUGCCUUCGCCGUCGGCAAAUUAUUAAGCUAAUUCAUGAAAUCUAUCGUCCGGUUAAUUAUCUCGCUAAGUCAUCAGAUGAAGGGGUGCUGAUGCUCGUGAAAGUGUCAACAUUUCACGGUCAACUCCAAUACUACAGCUUCAUCGCCAUAGGAUGUUGUCUAGUAUUAGCUCUGGUAACAAUAGUCCCAACGGACAACGGCAGUCUACCAAUAAGAGCGAAAGACUCAUAA